GUAACAAAGUAAGAAACCCUAGUUGAGUUGUCCUUAAAUUAAAAACUUUCUCUUCCCUGAGAACUCCGGUGCUGCCGUGGUGCCGUGUUCCCGGUUGGAGUGUGUUUGUGUUCUCUGUGUUACCGUUUUCCAGCAGUUGCAGGUACAUUUUUUGCAAUUUAAAUAAUGACUUUGUUGGAAAUAGUUAAGGAUGCUUCACUCAAUUCAAAACCACUUGAUUUACCUUUGGACUACCCAAUUGUUUUGAACCCAGAUACUAUAAUACCUAAUUUAAACCCCCAACCUAAAGACCAAUCUUCCUCAUCCCUUGUAAAACCUCUUGUUGGAUGGAAAAUUUCCCAAACUGAUGCUGAGAUCAUUCACAUUUCCAAAAACUUUUUUACACAGCUAAAGACAAAGCUCAAGUACACCAAUAAGUUGGACAAGGGUGAGUUCAUUGGUAGUUUGAAUUCCUAUCUAGAAAACAUCGGCGAGAAAGCAGGAAUUGUGAUUGGGGCUGAUUCAUCGAGUAGUGGUUAUAGCAAGAUUUUGAUUGAAAAACUUGGACUGUUCAUGGGUAAAGAUGUUGCUGGCCUGGUUUUGGAUGGAUGUGUUUCUUUGGAGAUUUGGGAAGUGGUUGAGGCUUUGAUUGUUAAUGGUAUUAUUGAACAUUCUUGUUAUUCAAACUUGGUUGCCAAGUUAGUGGAAAAAAAGAGGUCCCAUUUACUCUGUUUAUGCAUUAAGCAUGCAUUUGAUCUUGGUUCGACAGAAUUACUCACGAUUUUUAAGUAUUUUCUUUCUCCGUCCAAAGAUGCUUAUAACAGUAUGGUAACUGUGAAGAAGGAGUGGGAGAGCCAAGCACUGUUAGCCAUUGAGAAAGCAAGUGAUAGCAACCACAAGAGGAAAAACUUGCUUGUGGCAAAGGAAGCUUCCAUUUUGCUUAUGAUGGCAUAUGAUGGUUUCUCUGCAUCUGAGAUUUGUUUGCAUUAUCUGAUUUCAUCAUCCAACAUCAGCGAUGUGAUGUUAUCACCCUUAUUCAGUAAGUUGAAUUGCAAAGAGUUGAUAAACUUGAUUCGUUAUUUAGCAAAGUGGUUGAAUAAAUAUGAGAGGUUUCCUCAAGCAGGACCAUGUCCAAAAGCAUCAUCAGUUUUGGGUUUGAAGGCUUGUGAUUGGGUUCCUAAACUGGAAGAUGUUGUAAAAUGUCUUGGUGUGGUGCUUGAUGAGAAUUUUUCAUCGUUGGUGUUACAUCCACAGUUUCACGAGGAGCUGAGAUCAAUUGAAGGAGUGGUUAGUUGUUUAACUACUGAAGCCAAAUUUUGUUACUUGGUGGCUGAUGUAGUGGACAAACUAAAAAUCGAAGUAAAAGGUGGAAAUAAUUAAGUCGCUUCCGAAGAGUCAUUAUUGCUUUUGAUGUGUUUAGCAUUUUUGGCGAUGAUGUACUCAUGUAUGAACUGAAGAUCAAUGAGCAAAAACACAUUUCUAUUUC